UUCCCCCCGCCCCGCCGGAGUCAAUCAGUGGGAGGAAGAUGGCGGCGCUCAUUCCCCACAGCCAGCAGCUUUCGACUGGGAAUCCAUUGUAUGAGACUUAUUACAAACAGGUAGAUCCAACAUACACAGGGAGAGUUGGGGCUAGUGAAGCUGCACUGUUCCUUAAAAAAUCAGGUCUUCCAGACAUUAUCCUUGGAAAAAUAUGGGAUUUGGCUGACCCAGAGGGUAAAGGGUACUUGGAUAAACAGGGUUUCUAUGUUGCAUUGCGACUCGUAGCAUGUGCACAGAAUGGCCAUGAUGUUAACUUGAGCAAUCUAAACUUGACUAUACCACCUCCUAAAUUUCAUGACACUAGCAGUCCCUUAUUGAUCACACCUCCUUCAACAGAGGCUUACUGGGCUGUUAGGGUGGAAGAAAAAGCAAAGUUUGAUGGUAUUUUUGAAAGCCUUUUGCCAGUAAAUGGUUUACUUUCAGGAGACAAAGUAAAACCAGUACUGAUGAACUCAAAGCUGCCUCUUGAUAUCCUAGGAAGGGUCUGGGAUCUCAGUGAUAUUGACAAGGAUGGACACCUGGACAAGGAUGAAUUUGCUGUGGCAAUGCAUUUGGUAUAUAGAGCUCUUGAGAAGGAGCCAGUUCCCUCAGUAUUACCCCCCACACUUAUACCACCUUCCAAAAGAAAGAAGGCGCCAGUUUUUCCUGGUGCAGUUCCUGUUCUUCCUGCAAGUCCUCCACCUAAAGAUAGCCUUCGUUCUACCCCAUCCCAUGGUAGUGUAAACAGCCUGAAUAGCACAGGAAGUUUGUCACCCAAACACAGCAUCAAGCAAACACAGCCAUCUGUGAAUUGGGUGGUACCAAUAUCUGAUAAGGUGCGAUACGAUGAAAUUUUCUUAAAAACUGAUAUGGACAUGGAUGGCUAUGUGAGUGGCCAAGAAGUGAAGGAUAUUUUUAUGCACUCAGGCCUGUCUCAAAAUCUUCUAGCACAUAUAUGGGCAUUGGCAGACACAAGACAGAUGGGAAAGCUAAGCAAAGAUCAGUUUGCACUAGCCAUGUAUUUCAUUCAACAGAAGGUCAGUAAAGGGAUUGAUCCUCCACAGGUGUUGUCCCCAGAUAUGAUCCCUCCUGGAGAGAGGAAUACUCCCAUACAAACUCUGUCAGGUUACUUGACCCCUGUAGGAACUGAGAUCUCUGCGCUAACAGAAAUGCGUCGUGAUAGUUCAAGUUCUGUUGGAUCAGGAGAAUUUACAGGGGUGAAAGAAAUUGAUGAUAUUAGUCAAGAGAUUGCACAUCUGCAGAGAGAGAAGUAUUCACUAGAGCAGGACAUUAGAGAAAAGGAGGAAUCAAUUAGACAGAAAACCAAUGAAGUUCAGGAACUGCAAAAUGAUUUAGACAGAGAAAUAAGUAACUUGCAAGAGCUGGAAGCUCAGAAACAAGAUGCUCAAGACCGUCUAGAUGAAAUGGACCAGCAGAAAGCCAAACUGAAAGAUAUGCUCAAUGAUGUGAGGCAGAAAUGCCAGGAAGAAACACAGAUGAUUUCAUCAUUGAAAAUGGAGAUUCAGUCUCAGGAAUCAGAUUUAAAAUCACAGGAAGAUGAUCUGAAUAGAGCUAAAGCAGAGCUGAAUCGUCUCCAGCAAGAAGAGACUCAGCUAGAACAAAGUAUCCAAGCAGGAAAAGUGCAACUUGAAACAAUAAUUAAAUCUUUAAAAUCAACACAGGAAGAAAUUAAUCAGGCAAGAAGUAAACUUUCUCAACUUCAAGAGAGUCACCAGGAAAUCAGUAAAAGUAUUGAACAAAAUAAUGACACUCUGAAUGGGAUUCAUGGUGGUAGUAUGACGAAUUUAGCGGACAUAAGUGAAGGAAUUGCACAGAAAGAAAGAGGCAAUUUUGGAGCUAUGGAUGAUCCCUUCAAGAAUAAAGCUUUAUUGUUUAGUAAUAAUACACAAGAAUUGCAUACAGACCCAUUCCAGGCCGAAGAUCCAUUCAGAUCUGAUCCUUUUAAAGGAGCAGACCCUUUCAAAGGCGAUGAUCCAUUCCAGAAUGAUCCCUUUUCAGAACAACCACCUGUUUCAACAGACCCAUUUGGAGGGGAUCCAUUUAAAGAAAGUGACCCAUUUCAUAGUUCUGUCUCUGAGGAAUUUUUUAAGAAACAGGUGAAGAAUGAUCCAUUUACCUCAGAUCCAUUCACAAAAAAACCCACGCUGCCCUCAAAGCCUGACCCCUUUGAAAGUAGCGAUCCUUUCACAUCUUCAAGUCUCUCUUCAAAAGGCCCAGAUCCUUUUGGAACGUUAGACCCGUUUGGAAGUGGUGCCUUCAGUAGCAAUGAGGGUUUUGCAGAUUUUAGUCAGAUGUCAAAGCCUACAGCUUCAGACCCUUUCACCUCCUCUUUUGGAGGGAUGGGAUUCUCAGAUGACCCUUUUAAAAGUAAGCCAGACACUCCAGCUCUCCCACCGAAGAAAAAUGUUCCUCCACGACCCAAGCCACCUAGUGGUAAAAGUACUCCUGUAAACCAGCUCGGGUCUGCAGAUUUUACCAAGCCCAAUGAUCCAUUCCAGCCAUUUGGGGCUGAGAGCAGUGACCCGUUUCAAACUAAAAAGGGGUUUGGGGACCCGUUUAGUGGAAAAGAUCCAUUUGCUCCCUCCUCUUCAAGUAAAACUUCUAAAGACUCUUCCUUGGGGUUUGCAGACUUCAGCUCUUUUGGAAAUGAGGAGCAGCAGCUGGCCUGGGCAAAGCGAGAGAGUGAGAAAGCAGAGCAGGAGAGGCUGGCUCGAUUGCGAAGACAAGAACAGGAAGACCUUGAAUUGGCUAUUGCACUCAGUAAGGCUGAUAUGCCAGACUCUUAAAUACAAGUCUUGGGGCUCUACCCAGUCCCAGUCAAACCCUUUAAAAAGGGUUUUGUAAAAUUCUUGUUUUAUGUUGUGAAGUAAUUGUAGUCACCUUUAAGACAAAGCAUAACAAGAUUGGCUGGUUAUAUCAAACUGGGCUUUCCAUGGCUUUUCAAGUACACAAUGCACAGGAAACACACUGUAAAAAUUGUAUUAUACUUCCUAGAUAAAAGUUACUGCUUGUAAGAAAUUUAACGUAUGACCCUAAGGUACUGAAAGCAAAGUUUCUUUACAAUGCAGACAGUGAUUGCAUACAAUAAGCUGCAAUUUGUGAAUCUGGCUUUUAUUACCUGAAUUCCAUUGUCAUUGUUUUGAGGCUGCAGUAUGAGUAAUAAAAUUAUAGAAAAUGGCACUUGAAAAAAGAAUUAUGUUUAUAAAAUUAUCACGUAGUUUUCAGUUCUUUUUGUUACAUUUAUUUAAUUACUCAUAGUAGGCUAAUGACCACCUAGCUCAAAGACUUGAGGGCAAAUUCUUUCUUAGAUGGUCCCCUUUCAUCACUGAGAUAUGGCUUAUCUUAUGAAAGAAACUCUGAUUAUUUAUAUAUUAAAUGCAUAGUGACACAACUCAUGUAGAGUCAAUAAUAUUUUGAAUUCAGAGCCUAUGAGAAUUAAUACCUUUUUCUUAUUUAAACAUGAUUAUUUGCAUAAGAGUUUUUUAAUAUUUGUACAUGGUGGUAUUGAGAGGAAUGAUCCUGAUAUAGUAAAUUAGACAAAUGAUGACUCAGUUCUAAAUCAUGGGAUAAAAUACAGAUUAAUUCCAUGAACGAGCAUUAAGACAGGAAUCAUUGUGUUUGAGGCUUUUUCUACAUAAUGUUGAACAAUUUCACACUUUUUAAAUUUUAAUUUUUAACUGUAAUCUUCCCUGCAACCAUAUUUUCCCUUCAUUUGCUCCAACAGGCAGAAUAUAGGGCUAUUAUUUGUAUUAUCCAAUUGACUAUGUUACAAUCUCUACCUCGGAAGUGAUUUAAGUGUGUGGUCUUAUUUUUAAAUAUUAUAGUUGAUGAUUAAUCUCACUGCCCUUCAUUUAAAGUUGUACAACUGUUGUAUAGACUAGAAAGUUUAAUUUAAACUAUCCCAAGUUCACACAGAUUUUAUUUGCCGGAUAGAUUGAAUAAAUGGAUAUUCAUGCAAAAGUUACAGCAAUAUUUGUAGAACAGAGAGGCUGUUUUUUUAAGCCUAUCUACUGAUAGCACUAAUUAGGCCAGUAUGUCCAGCUUUUGUAUAGACUUCCAGAAUUCAGGGGGGAUGUUACAUGUAUUUUAUAGAGGUAAUGCAAUAUGUAUUUUACUUGUCACGGAUAUAAAAUGAGUACUUAUGGUAUUUUUUUUGCUGUGAAUUAUUCAUUUAUAGAAACUGCCUUUUCUGGUAAAUUACAGGAAUUCAGCACUUCAUUUGUCCUUGCCUGGUGCUCUGGUGUUGUUUGUAAAUGGAAUGGGUAUUUAGGGCCAAAUUUUCAAAAUGUUCUUUGUGAUCCCUGUAUUUGCACCCCAAUGCAAAGGUACAUGUGCAUAUUGGCUAGUUAACAUUCUGAAUGUCCAAAAUGUGGCCAUCAGCUUGUAAAACAUUCUCUGUUGGAUAGCAUUGUAUUUCUUCAUCUUCUGCAAUGUAUUUACAUUUUUGUGUGUCCCUGUUUUGUUUUUAUUUUUCCUUUCACAAUGAUGUUAGUGCCUGUUUUUCCGUCAAACGAUCCCUACCUUCUAAUUGCCUCAUUCUGGAUACUUUCCUUACACAGAGAUAAGAAUCCCAGAAGGGAUUAUUUUUUUCUGAUGACUAGUUUUCAGACCUAGAAAUGUAAUUAAACAUUGGUGUCUCAGGACAAUGCUGCAUUUGCAUUGAAAAUCAACUCUAAAUUGAGAACAUCCAUUUUAAGGUCUUCAGACAAAAUAUAUUUGACAAAACUGAAGCCCAUCAUCUCAGAAGACAUUCUACAGAGUUGCUGAUCCCUGAAUGUGUGCAUAACUCCAGUUUAAUGUUAUUACAAAUGCUAUAGGCUUUUAAAUUUGUAUCAGGAGGAGAGAAGAGAUCCCUAAAUAUUAACAAAACAUAUAUGUUUCUGUGUUGUCCUUUACUGAAGUAACAAACUGCCAUGAACACGUAGGAAAUAAUCCUGCCAUGCUUACAGUACUUGAUGACCUAUGUGGUUCCUUCCAACCAUAACUGUUUUUCUGCAAAGUAUAUUAUGGAGAAUUUAUGGACUUGCAUACAUGGCAGUAUAAUGCACUCUGUGUGGGUGUGAUUUCUAAAUCACACUAAUGUGUUAUGCAUUAGUUUGGUCCACGUUGACCCCUUAUGUGAAUUAACACAGUACUGGUUCAAAAAGCACUAUGUCAAUGAGCAUUAACGUAGUGCUAUUUGAACUAGUGCUGCACUAGCCAAAUCUACAUGGACCAAUUAGUGUGCAACGUAUUAUGGAGGUGUGAUUUCUAGAGCACGUUAGAGCGCAUUACCUAGCUGUGUGGACAAGCUCUUAAGUUAUCAAGUCUGAUUUUGAAAGUUUCAGAACACUCUCUUUUCCUUUGGUACACGACACUGAGUUCAUGAAAGCAAAAUAGGUCUACUUGUAGCUAACAUCAAUACAAAGUUUUUACCAUUAUGGGGGUAAAUGUAGCAUAUAUUUACAUGUCAGGGCUAUAGAUGUCAUCCUCACUAUAUAGACAGAUCAAAUCAGAAACAGCUAUAUGAGACAGUAUGUGCCUUUUCUCAGUCCACCUUGUACUACCAUCACAUUGCUUCAGAAAGAUAGUUGCCUCUUGUUCUUUGAGCUGUUGUUGCAGUUUUGUUGUUUUUAUUUAGUCUUCUCUUGUAUUUUUUCUGUCUUGUGUACAUAUAUAUUUUGCAUUUGUCUUUAUCUCUCUUACACACCUAGCUCUUUGUUGGGAAAAAUUAGGCUAUUAGAAUGCAGGGUCAUGCCACCUUCUCCAAGUUGGCAGUGCCAUUCCAUAACCUAUCUUUAGGAGGUGCACUCUCCUCCCCUGCAGCCUAGGGAGUAAAAGCAUUACUUCUAGAAUACACUAGGCCUGAGGAGUGAAAGUUACAAGAUUGCUUUCAAGCUUGAGUCUCUGUAUGGAGAAGUGUGGGGGCCAGGGGAGUGACAUAAUUUGUUUCUCUCUGCUCAAAUUAAACAGCAUUUUAAAACCAAUUUAUAAAGGAAUUCUACUUCUGGAUCUCCGCACACAAAUGGGGCAUGUGGAUGAGCUAAAGAGCCUUAUUACUCAGAAGAUUAAUGUGCCAUAGAAAGAAUUUCUGCCACUUUAUAAAGUCUCUGAAAUCUUCUAAUAUAAUUGUGUUACUUCUGUGAUAUGCAGUUAGAAUGGAAUUACCUCAUCCACCUUGUUUCUCUUACUUCUGUGAUAGUUAAUGUUUUUGGGACACAGUAUGAGGUCAGAAAAGUGAAUGUAUCUAAUAAAUAUAUUUAGUAUUAUAAUCAAGUAUAAAAGUUGAUUGUCCCUUCUGGGGUCUAGCCUUGUGUAACCAAAUAUGAGAAUGAGCCAGUAGCAAAAGGUCAAGCAAAUUAAUCAAUCAGGAGUCCAAGAAAAUAUGUAGUUAAUCCAUUUACAAUUGCAAACAUACAAUAACCCUAAACUGUUUUGAGGUGGCUUUAAUUUGGGAAGAGAAGGGAUACAUUUUAGAAAGCUGAAGUCUAGGAAACUUCCCUCUAAUUUCUUUCUGUAAUAUCUAAGUGUCUCCUUGUAGAAAGCAGUCAUCUUCAUUCCUCCCUACCCUUGGAAGCAACACUUUUUAUAGAAAUUACUCCACUUUUUCUCCUAAAGCAAAAAUUUAUCAUAACACAUUAAUCUUUCCUUCUUCCACCAAACAUUGAAAUCUUAACCACAAGUAGAUUCACUUCAGUUUGGGCAGAUCAGUGUGCGUGCACACAAAAAUAAGGUACAUCUGUAUGUAAAUAUACAAUAAAUUAUAUAACAAAGAUAGUGUGUAUACAUUCACACAAACUAUAUGUAGUAUGUAAUAUGUGCUCUAUAAAGUGUAUAUGCAAUAAAUAUAUAGUAUAUUACUAUAUACUGUAAAAAUGUGUAUAUAUGUCUACAUGCAUAUGUGCAUUUUCUGUAUAGAAAUGGGAAAUGAGAUCUUUGUGGUUAGAAUUUCAAACUUCUGGCAAAAGAAAAAUACUUCUUCCAAUCAUUUCAUUCAAUAAUGCUGUUAUUGGCACAACAAGUUGUGUGUUUUGCCAGAUGUCAGACACACCUGAGGGAUUUGUCUCUCAAAGGUAAGUACAAUCUGCCAAAGAAACCUUUGACAAUGUGGUUUGGAUAUUAUCACCUUUUGUCCACUUGCACAUGCUGUCCAUUUCCAGCCUGCUGGCAUGUGUCUGUGUUGGGAGGCAUCUCAUUCCCUUCUCUCAGCAUUAGACAAAGCUUUGCCUCCUAGUUUUUUGUUGAAUAUUUUAUUGUUGAAUUAAAGACUCUUUCACAUAUCUUCUUAUGUGGAUGUUAGGUAGAAAUGUGGUAGAAGAUGCUGUUUUUCUCAAUCUCUUGUCUGUCAUUUUGGUUGCACAGUCACUCUUCUCUGGGUUCGACCUGUGUUUUGUUUGUUUCUCAGUUUCUACCUAUAUUUUUGCCUUGAGAGGUGACUAUGCAUUGCAUUUUUUUCUUUGAUGAAAGAAUUAAGAUGAUUCAGUUUUCUUCAGGGAGAAAUCAUUAGACAGCAGUAUGUAAAACAAUCAUAAAGAAGGUGCUAGGUUUCUAUAGUAGCAUGUGCGUAUUUAGUAUAUACAUCUGCAUUUAUGAAGUGCAGUCACUGCUGGGGUGACUCAUGGCAACAGUUGAUUACUACACAGGAACACUACACUGCAUUUCAGAAAUAAAUGGAAGAAGACUUUUAUCCAAUUGAAACUAGGCUUUUACAAAAUAUUCUUGUUGUAGAGACUGCCAACCAUUCUACCAUAGGAACAGAUAAUAUUAAGGAAUGUACUGGUACUUCUGUACUUUUGUAUGAGACUUCAUAUGAUCAGCAUAGUUUUCCUUAUGAAACCUCUGGCCUAAUUAUUUUUAAGUGGGAUGAGUGAUCAGUCUGUAAUGUAUUUUGUUUUAUAUAGUGUGUUCUUAAAUGCAAGGAAAUUCCAAGCUUUAUCUGUUAAAGUAUGGCACUUUUUUUUCUUUCUGGUCUAUGUGAAAUCCUAUUGUUAGACACUGUGUCAUCACUUCAGCUUUGCUAAAGGACAUUGUAUUUUUUCUAGGGUUCUUCUUGUAACCUUUUUGGGGUUUACCAUUUUAUUUUUGUAAUACUUCUCCAUAUUUGUCCUGAAGAUUCAGCACUUACGGAAUUUUGGUCUAAGUGUUAAGAAUCAUCGUUUCCCCCAUGUAUAAGGAUCAUUCCUAUUUUCCAUUUGUCUUUAUUCCUGACUCUCAGAAAAUGCAUUUCUAUUUAAUUCCAAUGUUCCAAAAUAAGUUCUGUCAAACAGAUGUUUUGUUUUGAUCUGUGCCAAUAGAUUGUGUCAUUAUAAAUGCAUUGACCUGUCCCAGGUGCAAUUAAAUUACCAAACAGUAAUAGUUAAAUCUUUAUGGUCCAGCAUUUACUCCUUUUCUGCAGACCCCCCAUUCACAGUCAAAUCUAUUUACAUUUUCUGAGUAAGGAAAUUUUGUCACAAAUUCUGCUUUGAACAUGAUGGAAAUGUAAAGGGUUUUUUAGGAUGAACAAGUUAACUUUUAAUAAUUGUUGACAUAUGUUUUAUCAGUUGUUGUUUUAUGGUUCUUUUUACUUUAAAGAUUUAUAAAUAAAAGGCUGAAUUGUUAUAAAUACCUCAGUCAUUUAAAAUAGAAUUUCCAUUUUUUCCAACUUCUGAUUUUCCCUUUAAAAUUAAAUAACUUUAAAAGGGAAACUUAAUAUAAAUGGUUCCUUCUGCUGUUAGUAUAAUGGUAGUGAUAUGUUCCUUAAUAUCCCUGUUAAUAUGACUUUAUUUAGUCUGAUGGAAGUUACAGGUUAAGAAGGUGAAAACAAAGUGGAAACUGCAGCAUUUACCAGAAAUUCACUAGUCUAUCCAAAUGUGUACAUUACUGUAGUUAUAUUUAUCCUUUAAAUAUCAUAUAAGACAUUGGGAAACAAUGUUUUAAUUUUAGCCUAUGUCAUGUGUUUAUUGUUUAAUACAAGAAGAGAAAUGUUAUUGUUUAAUAUAAUAAAUGAAAAAUUACUCUUUUU